AAGCUUUAUUCCUGAUUUUAAAAUGCUGAGAUUCUUGCAUAAAUAAAAUUCGUGUAAUAAUAUCCUGAAGGAAAUUAAAGGGUGGCGCACCACCUUCUCCAUCCUCUCAUCACAUUCCUUCUACACCUCUUCCACCACCUCAACCACCCAAUCUCUAAACUAACAUGGCAACGACAUCAUCACCGGAGCUACACCUUAACAAUCUCCGAGCCAUUAAAGUUUUAGGCAACGGAGCCAUGGGUACUGUCUUUCUUGCUCAUAAUCUCCUCACUGAUCCAUCUGCCCACUGCCCCUUCGCUCUCAAAGUCGUCGAGAAAUGUUCUCCGGAAGCUAAACAGGACGCCGACCGCCGUGCCCGAUGGGAAGUCUCCGUUCUCGAACUUCUGAAUCGGAAACCCCACCCGUUUCUCCCGUCGUUAAUCGGAUCUUUCGAGACAGAAGAUAUCCUCGCUUGGGCUAUCCCCUUUUGCUCCGGAGGUGACCUUAACGUCCUUCGCCACCGUCAGAUAGACCGGGUUUUUUCUCCGGCGGUCAUCCGGUUUUACCUUGCGGAAAUCGUCUGCGCGUUACAGCACCUUCAUAGCAUGGGCAUCGUGUAUCGUGAUUUGAAACCUGAAAACAUCUUGAUUCAACAUUCGGGUCACGUGACUCUCACGGACUUCGACCUAUCACGUGUCCUCGCGCCGAAAUCGUUAAAAUCCUUAAUUCUAUCGUCCGAAGUGCCGGAAAUCCAACCGGAAGUAAAUAAACACCACCGGAAGCUACCAAGUUUUUUCCCGGUGAUGGGUCGUGAGAAGACGAAUGAGAAGACAAAUGUGAAGUUGAAGAAAGCGAAGAGCGCACGUGUGUCUCCGAUGACACGUAGAAAUGGGAGUUUUUCCAACGGCGAAAGGUCGAAUUCGUUCGUCGGAACGGAGGAGUACGUCGCACCGGAGGUUGUGCGCGGCGACGGCCAUGAGUUCGCCGUUGAUUGGUGGGCAUUGGGGAUCCUCUCGUACGAAAUGUUGUACGGAACAACUCCAUUCCGUGGGAACAACCGGAAAGAUACGUUUGGGAGAAUUCUAAUGAUGCCACCGAAGUUCACCGGAAAACCAACGCCGUUGACGGAUUUAAUCACGAAGUUACUAUCGAAAGAACCCACGCGCCGAAUAGGGUACACAAGAGGCGCGUGUGAGAUCCAAGAACAUCCUUUUUUCGGCGGAUUAAGGUGGGAUUUACUAACGGAAGUGUUACGUCCUCCGUUUCUUCCGUCUAGAGACGAGUCUGACUUAACGUGUAAUCCAGAUGGUAUCAACAUCACAGAGUAUUUCCAGAAGCUUAGACAACUUCCGUCACCGUUAGAAUCUCCGUCAAGAGAUGACUGUGGAUAUAACGUCUCUUUGACGGAGUUUUAGCACACGUGUUAGAGAUUCUACUAUUAACUAGUCUUUGGACUUAUGUGUAUAUAAGAAAAAUAACGGUGGUAUAUUUUCUAACGUACGGUAUACGGAUGUAGUUGGGGUGUGUUUGUAAAGAAGCAGGAGACACGCGGCAACGACGGCGCGUGUAAUUGAGAGGCUAUCAUUGUGGUGUGGGGCAUAAAGGGUAUGAUCGCUUAGAUUAAGGCUUUUUCUUUAACCAAAUUAUAGUAGUGGUUGUUUAGUACACAUUCCAAUAAAUAUUUUUUUUUUGUACCACUUGUAUUGUUGCUAAUUGAAAGAUUGAGGCAGAUUUGUUUCCAUAA